UGUCGGCUGCUGAGAGACUCCAGCUCCGCGACCCAAACAUCAUUCCUGAGCUGGGAUCCUGCAGGAAAGCGGUGAUGUGAUCCACAACGAGCAGGAUUAUGAUGAAGAUAUGGGUUUUCCAACAAUGAGGUGACGUGGUCAAAAAGUGUGCCCCAUUUUUUGCAUUUUAUAUUGCAGUUAAUACACCGUUUGAUAGCUUACAUGUGAAACUUAUCGGGGUUUGCACGCGAUAUGUACGUUAACUCAUGUCUUUAACUAACUUUAGUCUUGGACAGGAAACACGUUAAGUCAGAGAAACGAAGAAAUUAAGAUUUUAAACGUUUUCUGGCACAUGAUGCUAAAUCCUUCGCAAGAGGCUUGGGAUAUUUAUAACAGAACUGUUUAUGUGGGGAAAAUGCCAGCUUUACUUGAUUUCGCUGAUUUUGUCGAAACUAUUGACCCGUAUGUAACUGUCAUAUAUUAACUAACGUUAUCCUUGGCUGUCUGUCCACAGUCAGUUCGCUUUAUAGCAGCUGUAAAGCAGCAUCCCAGUGCUGUUAUCUUUAUAACACCUCGGUGGUGGUACAUGUUGGUCUUCUUUGCAGGUUUUGAGCGUUUGCAAGUCAUGCCUUUUUUAGAAUUCAUAGCUGGGAGCAUUUCUGGUGCAGUGGGACUGGCAGUUGGACAUCCAUUAGACACUGUGAAGGUGCGCCUGCAGGCCCAGUCUGUGUACAAAGGAAUAUUUCACUGUGUUACUAAAACGUACUCUAAUGAAGGGCUCCAUGGAUUCUACAAGGGCAUGUCAUUUCCGGUGCUGACCACAGGCAUCGUCAACUCCGUGGUCUUUGGCUCUUACAGUAAUGCCUUAGAUUACCUCACUCAGUCUCAACGCAGUGACCGCAGUCAAGGGAAACCAGCCUCUCUUGGACAGGUCUUUGCUGCUGGCUGCUUCUCAGGCCUGGUGCAGGUGUUUGUUUGUGCACCCAUUGACCUGGUGAAGGUGCGUCUACAGGGUCAAACAACUGCUGACCGAUACCGUGGGCCCAUUCAUUGUGUUGCCGUCAUCCUGAAGGAGGAAGGACUCAGGGGGCUGUUCAGGGGAGGGCUGGCCCUUGCCCUCAGGGACGUACCCUGCUAUGGACUCUAUUUUUUGCCUUAUGAGGUCACGCGAAAGGCGCUGACUGAGACCGGAAAAGAACCGGGUACAUUUGCAAUAUUAAUGGCAGGUGGCGUGGCAGGCGUGGUGACCUGGGCCUUUGCCACACCGAUGGACGUGGUGAAAGCCAGGCUUCAGAUGUCAGGGGCCGGCGGCCGGGAGUACAGUGGGGUCCUCCACUGCAUGAGAGUGAGCGUCAGAGAGGAGGGAGUGAGGGUCUUCUUUAAAGGCCUCACACUGAACAGCCUGAGGGCCUUCCCCGUCAACGCCGUCACCUUCCUCAGCUAUGAGAGUCUGAUGAGGAUUUUCUAUCCACCAACGCGAUGACCUCACUCCUUGUUGAGCAAAUUAAAAGCUGUCCUCGUGGUGUGGGGAUUUUAAUAUACAGAGACAAUUUAACUGAAGUCUGAUAUUCUCAGGUUUGAGUGAAAUAGGUCAACUCUCAUCUACCUAGCAUCAGAAACCUGAACACACUUCAGCUGAACAUUGUUAAUGAAAAUGUUCAAAUUCAGCUCCGGCUGAGUUUUCUGUGACUCGAACUGCUCAUCAGGGUUCUGCAUCAAAUCUAUUGUACUUCAAAAUAUGAAGGUACACGCUGUAACUUUGUUGUGGAGAGAGGUGCAUUUUUCAUUAUAGGUUUUAUACUUUAUUUUAAAACUUUUUUUAAUUGGA